GAUCUGCUGGUGUUUUGAUCGCUCGCGCUGUUCGGCGGACUUUGCCGCUUGGUUCAAGGUGCAAGAUCGGUGAAGGAAAACGGGUCGGAUUCCUUUACCCCGUUCGCGUGGAAACGUGAAGGAUGUAUCUUCAGGGCACGGAGCUGCGAGUUCUGGGGUUCGCCCUUGUCGCCCUCUGGUUCACCCGGUUGACUCCUGUGCUGGCGUCGGGGUUCGGCAAAUGCCCCAACUAUCCAUCGAUGCCAAAGUUUAACAUGACGAAGUUCUUGGGCAAGUGGUUCGAAGUGGAACGCUCCUUCUAUCUGCCCGAGCUGGCCUCGGGUUGCACGACGCUGACCUUUGAAAACACCACGCUCCGGGACGAGGCCGGCCGGAGCCAGCUGGAGAUAUCGAUUAAAUCCGUCAAUCAAUGGACGGGGAACCCAUCGAUCAGCAUUGGAGAAGCCGUACCGGAGAGCGAAACGUCCUCCAUCAUGAACGUGCAGCUUCAAUCACGGCUACCAACGGCAAUUGCGCGACUGCUGCCCGGAUCCGGCCGAUACCAAGUGCUCUACACCAACUAUGAUAAUUUCGCCAUCUUGUGGUCAUGCACUAGCUUUGUUGCGGUUCAUGCGGAUCAAAUUUGGCUUCUCGGACGCGAACGGGAUUAUUCGACGGAGAUCAGGAAAAAAAUCUACAACGCCCUGGAGCAGCUGAGCCUCGACCCGGAUCGUUUGUUUAUUGCAAAAAAUAAAAACUGCCCCGCCACACUGUAACGAUCUUUUGUUAAUGAUCGAGGCGAAUUCUUCCCGCUAGGGCGAAGAAUACUGAGAAUCUGUGAUAUUAUAAACAACCCGUAAGGUGGACGAAUCAAGAAAAACGAAACCAUGAAUCAACUAGUAGCAUGCAAACAAGGUACCCGGCAGAGCCAUAUGUUUUCGGAUCCGCAGCCUUUUGAGAUAAUAAAACACAUCAUGAAAAUCAUUCGAAAACAUUGAUAUUAUUGUACGCGAGAGCUGCUUACGAUAUAAGUUAAUAGUAAUCUAUCGAGUUGUAGUUAUAUUGCGUGAAUUUGUCAAGACUAUAGUAAUGAUUUUUGCUUUUCGUAGCUUGCUUCAAUAAUCGUAGGGCAGCAAACAGCAUUUUAUAAAACGAUUUACAAUUAAACCUGAAGUAGAGAGAUGUAGAGAGAAAGCGAAGGGAGAUGGGCCAAGAACGCAAAUCGUCUGCAGGAAUGCAAACAAAGGGCUGGUCCUGGAAGAUGUCACGCGCACGUGCUGGGUUGCGCCAUUUGUCCCGAAGGAUGUACGCUAAUCGAUUACGCUCUAAUUCCAUUAGCUUAAGUACGGUUCU